AUGAGAGGUGAAUUUAUCUACCAAUAUCUUUCUAACGAAGGGAAUGUAUAUGAACAGGUUGUGAUCAGUAAGAAGAAUGCAAAAUCUAUUGGAAAAGAUAUCAGUGAAAUCCUUACAAAGCAGUGUGAACCUAUCACGUUAAAAAAAUUUUUGACUUUCAGAGGCAGAAACGAAAUAGCAAAUUAA